AGCGAGAAUAAAGAUCGUUUUAAGAAAAGCCAGGGCAUAUAAAAACAUCAUCAUAUACCAGCUAGUAGAAUCAUUUCAUUCACACGGCAUCACUGAGCUUCUUCACUUUACUGAAUACUCAACAAGGUUCUCAAAUACACGAUGCUUUAUGCAACACUAUUUGCGGUAGUGCUCCUUAGCAUGGCGAAAGCCGACAACACGCCCAUUCCAUACCAAAUCUCCGUCGACCCAAAGCUGAUCGAGCAGACCGCUACAAAAGCUGAAUUUUAUAGGCCGUCUCUAGGCUUGGAAGAUGGCACCAGCGACACCUGGAGAGAAGGUCCGCCAGCCGACAACAUGACGGCCCUUGCACAAUAUUGGGCGAAUGAAUACGACUGGCUCGAAGUUCAGAAAGAACUUAACGACAACGGCCACCACUACAUCGUGAACGUCUCGGCAGGACACGGGUACAACCAAUCGUUGCCUCUACACUUCGUUCACGAACAGUCUGAGAGACCUGAUGCGAUUCCCCUCUUGAUGCUCCAUGGGUGGCCAUCUACGCACACCGAGUGGAAUGAGAUCCUGAAGCCCCUCACGUCGCCUGAGGACGCAGACGCGCCCGCUUUUCAUGUUGUGGCUCCCGACAUGCCUGGCUUUGGCUUUAGUCCGGCGCCAACACACGGAGGAUUCGGUCCCCGUCAAGCCGGCGCCGCCUUUGCCAACCUAAUGAAGACGCUGGGAUAUGAAAAGUACGGAGUCAUCUCCACCGAUGCCGGUUGGUGGGUUGCCAUGUUUAUGGCAGACGACGAGAAGGAAAACCUCGUCGGGCACUUUACCGACUUCUAUUUCGCUCAGCCCACCACGGCCGACACUGAGCGCUUCAGUAACAACCUGACUGAUCAAACCGAGUCAGAGUACAUUGCGGGGGUUCUGGCAUUCAGUAGUGGAUUUAACGCGUACAUGACGAUCCAAAGCCAGGGCCCUCUGAAGCUUAGCCAAGCUCUCAAUGACAGCCCCGUCGGAUAUGCGGGAUGGAUCUGGCAUCUGAUUCAUGCCUUGAGCGACGGAUACCCUUUCACCCUGAAGCAAGUUGUGACAAGAACGCUGUUGGAAUGGAUACCUGGUGCCUAUGGAAAUGUCAGGACUUACUUGGAAUGGCUCAAGCCUGGGAGUAUGAACUUUCCCCAAUCAGAUGUGCCGACAGGCGUGGCUCAAUGGGGCAACGUGAAUGGUCCGUUUGCGGAACUCGCCAAAGUUCCCUUGGCGCCCACAAGCUGGAUCGAAAGACUUAGCAACUUGACUUUCAUUGUUACUCGCGACUUUGGCGGUCACUUCCCUGCUGAGCACUAUCCGGAGCUCUAUGUAAAGGAUGUGCAACAGUUCUUUGGCCAGUUGAACGCAUAACUUACUCUAAUUCAAAGAGUGUUGUAGAGUUGGAUAGUAUGGAUAUAUACUGUCUGUUCUAUAAUUUAUAAACCUUGUAGUAUAAGCAGGGCGUAAAGGGAUAUGAGAUAAUCAUUUAGAGAGUAUUAAAGUAAUGAUGAACAGUUACUUCAAAACCCUAUAAGGAGGCGAUC